AUGCACACCUUCAUUGGAUCAACUAUAUUGCUUCUCCACGUCUUGAUGGUUUACUCGAUCUUCUAUAACGUGUUGAAACUUUCUGAGAAGCACGAAGACGUAGUCUACGGAAGGUCUUUCCGACCAGCCAACCAACCUAACCCCAACCUCUCUUCCAACGCCUCAAGUGGGGGAAAUAGCAGCGGUAGCAAUAACAACACCGGCAGCUCUGGAGGUGACGACAAGUCUGGUAGCUCCAACAGUACCGCUGGGAAUAGCUCUAACCAAGAAGCGAAGAAAUGA